AAAAAUGAGCAAUAUUUUUGUAGUCAAAUUAUACUUAGCCUUAGCCAAAUGAAAACCGCACGUUCAUAUUUCAUACAGACAAAUGUGCAUGUUUAUUAGCAUCCAAUGACUCAAAUCCCCAUUGGAUUUCAAAAUGCUGUUAACUGUUUGUGGGAUUCCUAUUCCAAUCUCUGCUAUAUCAAAAUCUAAGGGAUUUUGUUUUGGGGGGUUUCCGAUAAAGAAAGAUGGAGGGAAAUUGAAGAUUCUGAAGAAACUUGAUUUUGUGAAUAUUGCUGCUUCUGGGGAAGGUGGUUCAUCAGUCGAUUUCGAUGUACCAUUUCCUGGUGAUUAUAACGAACUUCUUCAGCAAGCUAAAGCAGCAACUGUAUUGGCUCUAAAAGAUGACAAGCAACUGAUGGAAAUUGAGUUCCCAACUGCUGGAUUAGAAUCCGUGCCAGGUGAUGGUGAGGGCGGUAUAGAAAUGACUGGAAGUAUGCAGCUUAUUCGUGAAUUCUGUGACCUUGUCAUAAGUCCAGAGAAAGCCACACGGACUAGAAUUUUUUUUCCAGAGGCCAGUGAAGUCACAUUUGCAAGAAAUUCAGCUUUUGGAGGAGCUUCUCUAAAAUUGGACUAUCUAACAAAGCCUUCAUUGUUCGAAGAUUUUGGGUUUGUAUCAAAAGUUAAAAUGUCCGACCGUGUGAAGCCAGAAGAUGAACUCUUCCUAGUCGCCUAUCCAUAUUUUAAUGUCAACGAGAUGCUUGUGGUGGAAGAGCUUUAUAAAGAAGCUGUAGUGAACACUUCAAGGAAACUAAUUAUAUUCAAUGGGGAACUUGACAGAAUUAGAUCGGGAUAUUAUCCAUCAUUUUUCUAUCCGAAACUCGCUGCACUUACCCAAACUUUCUUGCCUAAGAUGGAGACUGUAUAUUACAUUCACAACUUCAAAGGACGAAACGGAGGAGUCCUCUUUAGGUGCUAUCCAGGUCCUUGGAAAGUUCUGAGGAAAGUGAGAAACAAAUAUGUUUAUUUGCAUCAGCAACAAGAGAUGCCAUCCCUCAAGGAAGUGGCCCUGGAAAUUCUUCCAUCAGCAUGAUUUGUGCAUGCACCUAACGGUAUAAAUUUUCCCCAACAACUGUAACAAAAAUAACUUUUUCCUGGUUGAUCAUCUUAUACUAGAAGAUUGAUUAGUUUAAAGAACUCAAUUUCAUAGGAAUCUAGAAUGUUGUAUAUGUCAAAAGUAAACUACCAAGUUAUACAAUUUCCAAUUCUUGAGUACCUAAAAGGAUGUGAAAUCAGCGCCCGUAUUUUACUUGCAUGAAUGGAAUAUUUCAAACAAAAACAGAUCUUUACAUUUUGGAGUAGAAGAAUUGAUGAAUAGAA